CUCCUUUCCCGAACAGCGGCUGGUAGUCGAGCCUUAGUGAUACCAAAAUGAGAUAGAGUGUUCAUGUUUUAUCAUUGCUGAGAAAGAACGUGAGCUGCUGAAGACGGUAGUUUGUCAGUGUUCAGUCCUCUUCGUUAUUAAGUUACCCAAGCCUGACCAGCUGUACAGGCUAUGACGACCUCGUCGCAUGAUAAAAGGGAGGCAAUUUCGGCCACAAGCUGUCAAAACAUCACGAUUUCUUGAACGCCUUCAGCUAUGCUAUAACUCUUUAAAAGAAGUCGACCGUAAAAAAAAGUACUUUGCCGUCGUAAUAGAUUAACUAUGACUUACAAUUUCGUUGUUGGAGCCGACAGAUACAACUUUUUUUCAUAACUUGGGAGUAAACCGAACGCUGUUUUAGCAAAACGUUUUAAAACUAUUUUCGUUUAUAAAUAUAUCAGACAAACAGGAUGUUUUGCCAAUUGCGCCGAGAAGAAAUUGCUCGCUUUGACAUUUAGCUGUAUUGUUAUGCAAAAGAUUAUGGUAAAUUCGUAAUGAACCUGCCAAUAUGCAGAAUAGCCGUCGAAGCUUCUCGCUACAAUCGGCACUCGCAGCAACUCGGCGAAACAGUGAUGGCGGUCUAUGCGGUCUUGAUAAUCUUCCUGGUCUCAUAUGUUGUUAAUAAGAUCGAUGCAACCUCGUAUGCAAGUCUUAGCUCCGCCGAUGAAAACUUCAAGCUACAAUGGACCUACAAUAGCAGCAAGUUUAUAUUCAAGAUGACUUGCAAAACCACAGGCUGGUGUGCUGUGGGAUUCACCACCACUGCUGAUGGAAGAGGCAUGGUCGAUUACGAUAUAGCGGUUGCUGGGUACGCUUCUAGUGCGGGUUAUAUUGAUGAUCGUUGGAGUACCUCGACAACCCUGCCUUCAAAUGAUACAGAGCAAAACUUCAACCUCAUGAUGGCAAGUGAACAGGACGGACAGACCAUGGUGGAGUUUUCCAGAGACGCGCUUACAGGCGACACUGCCAAUGAUGUGCAGUUUAAGGUAUGUUUAAACUAAUGAAAACAUUUUAGAGAGAAAAAGGAACGAGGCCAGAGAACUUGACGAGCUAUUAAGCAUUUGGAAAUGAUCAAACUAGUGUUGAAAUAGGUAAGUUAAGAGAAGUCAGGAGCUCUUCGGUUAAGAGAAGUCAAGAGAAGAGCUCUUUUGAGAAAUAAAGAACCGACUAAUGGGAACAUUUUAGAGAGUAAAAGGAACGAGGCCAAAGAACUUGACGAGCUAUUAAUUAUAAACAUUUGGAAAUGCUCAAACUAGUGUUGAAAUAGGUAAGUUAAGAGAAGUCAGGAGCUCUUUGGCUAACAGAAGUCAAGAAAAGAGCUCUUUGAGAAAUAAAGAGCCGACAAAGCAUGGCUUUGAUUAGAAGCCAAUUGACGACUUUAACGGAUAGAGGAAGCAUUGCCGCAAGUGAAAGUGGCUUAGCUGCUGUCGUGGUGUUCUCCAGAAAUGCUAUUACGGGAGACAAUGCCGAAGAUAUGCAGUUUAUGGUACGACUCCAUCCUAAUGCAAAAAUUUUCAUAUUAUGGAAAAGUGCGAAGAAAAAUUAUUGGUAUAAGGCCUAUAUGGGGGAUUCACUCUGUUACCUUUAUAAUCUUUUGUAGGAGUUCAAUCGUAAGUUCUCCCUUACAAUGUUACACGUUACGUUUUUGCACGAAUUUUUCAUUUUAAUGUAAGGAAAACUCAAGCCCCCUCCCCUCUCCCCUUCCAAAAAAGAAAUAAACGAACAACGGUCGCACAUUUUGCGCUGUGUAGCAAAAGUCUAUAAUUAUAGGAGUCCAAUCUUGCGGGCUCCUUAACAACGUUACAAGUUCUUUUUUUUUGCACGAAUCAAACCCAAACCCUAACUCCCACAGUGCCUCACUCCACACAGGCUCCAGUUGUUCAAAGGGUAGAUAAAUCUAUCCACCGGAUGAAUCGCUAUCCAGUGGAUAAAUGUUCACAAAACAAACCGCA